AUGACCACGCCCCCGCCGCAGCCCCAGCUGCUGCCGCACAUCCUCGUCUUCCUUGCAGCAGGGGCUCUCUUGGCUGCUGCCGCCAUUGCUGAAGCUGAACAACAUGAGCCGCCACUGCCGAUCACACUUCCAGGCUGUCCGGACAAGUGCGGCGACAUCAGCAUCCCCUUCCCGUUCGGCCUGAAGCGCGGCUGCUUCCGAGAGGGCUUCGAGGUCACCUGCGACCACUCCUUCCAGCCUCCUCGCGCCUUCCUUGCCGCGGUCGUCGGAGGCUCAGCCCAGACGACGACCCUCUUCUCCUACUCGGUCUCCAAGCCAGGCAACUACUCGAUCGUAGACCGGCACAAGGCGGACGUCUUGCCGGUGGAGCUCGUCGACGUCUCCGUCGCCAGGAACGAGGCAAGGGCGUACGGCGCGGUGGCGUCCGUCUGCAACACGAACGCCACCAACGGGCUCCUGAGGAUGCCGUUCACCACCCUGGCGUUCCUGAUCGACGGGCCCAACGGCCCGUUCCUCGUGUCGCUGGCGCGCAACGUCCUCGUCGGCGUCGGCGUGGAGGUCCAGCCUUCGGCGUACAGGUUCAACACCGCACCGGGUGCCCGAGGGGACGACUACCUCGUCGACUGCCACUCGACGCUCAUGGGGAACCUGGAGCUCGCGUCCAACGGGUCGUGCUCCGGCCGGGGCUGCUGCCAGGCCUCCCUGCCGGAGACGAUGCCGCUCACCGGAGUCUCGGUUGCGAUGCCCACCAAGACCCUGAACAACUCGUUGUGGGUGACCAACCCGUGCUCCUUCGCCAUGGUGGUGGAGGACUCGUGGUACAAGUUCUCGACGGCGGACCUGUACGGCAACACCAGCAACAGGUUCCCCAGGGGCGUGCCGUACGUGAUCGAUUUCGCCAUCAGGAACGCUAGGUGUCCGGCCAAGGUUGAGCAGCCACCUCUCGGCUACGCGUGCGUCAGCGGCAACAGCACUUGCGCCGACGUGACCAAUGGCUACGUCUGCAAGUGCUUGGAGCACUACGAGGGCAACCCUUACAUCACUAAUGGAUGCCGAGACAUCGACGAAUGCAAGCAACCUGAUUUGUAUCCUUGUUCAAGUGAUGGGAUCUGCAAGAACAGGCUUUUAGGGUAUGACUGUCCAUGCAAACCUGGAAUGAAAGGCGAUGGAAAGAUGGGAACGUGCCAACCCAUAUUCCCCUUAGUAGCAAAGAUGAUUGUAGGUGUAGUUGGAGGUUUCUUUAUCUUGGCGGCUUUGUUAUUCAUCAUUCUUCUUCGUAAAGAGAAAAAGAAGAUGAGGGAGUUCUAUGAAAAGAAUGGUGGGCCCAUAUUGGAGAAAGCAAAAAUUAUAAAGCUUUUCAAAAAGGAAGAGCUUAAGGAAAUUUUGAAGAGUAAAAAUUUGAUUGGUAAAGGCUUCUUUGGUGAAGUUUACAAGGGCCUUCUUGAUAAUAAGCUAGUUGCAGUAAAGAAGCCAAAAAUUGGUGGUGCGCUAGAGAAUAAUGAACAAUUUGCAAAUGAAGUCAUCAUCCAAUCUCAAGUCAUCCACAAGAACAUUGUCAGGCUGAUAGGUUGUUGCCUUGAAGUUGAUAUCCCAAUGCUUGUUUAUGAGUUCAUCCCAAAUGGUAGUCUCGAAGAUCUUCUUCACAGUAACAAGGUAGUGCCUGUCAACAUUGAUGUGCGUUUGAGUAUUGCUGCACAGUCCGCAGAUGGCUUAUCUUAUAUGCACUCAAAAACCAAUAAUAAAGUCCCACAUGGUGAUAUUAAGCCAGCAAAUAUACUCUUGGAUGACAACUUCAUGCCAAAGAUAUCAGAUUUUGGCACAUCGAGACUGAUUGCAAGAGAUAAAGAACAUGCAGAAAAUGUCAUUGGUGAUAUGAGUUACAUGGAUCCAGUUUGCAUGGAAACAAAUCUUCUGACAGAAAAAAGUGAUGUCUACAGCUUUGGAGUUGUGAUCUUGGAACUUAUAAGUAGGAAAAAGGCCACAUAUUCUGAAAAUAAUAGCUUCGUAAAUAAUUUUCUCGAAGCUCAAAAAGAGAAUAGGGUAGCCGAGUGGUUUGACAAUGAAAUUGCCGUGACAAGCAAUUUAGAGCUUCUCCAUAGUCUCGCAAGGAUUGCUGUUGAAUGCCUUAGCCUCGAUGCGGAUAAAAGACCAUCAAUGAUAGAUGUGGCAGAGCGUCUUCUCAAACUAAACAAGUCUCGUAACCCGUAA